UGCUCGUCGGCGUUCUUGUUCCUCAGGACAGGUACGUGUAGUGUGGUGAGAGUUGCCAAAGUGUCAAUGGAAAAGGACGAGAUUGUUGCCAAUGUGGCUGCGGCAAUCAAUGGGAUCGUGGAGCUCAUGCCGAAAGGGUGGGGUUCUGUGCGGUCGUUACAUUUGAAAUUGUUGGAUUCGCUUGCGCUGCUGCUCUAUCAGGUAAUUCCUGAUAUUAAAUUGAAGAUUGAGGGAGCUAAGAGAAAAGAGGAAGCUAAGGAAGAGGAUAAGUAUGUGCAAGAUAAGAAGAAGGAGGUGGCUAAGAAGGGUCUUAAAGUUGGUAAGAAGAAGGGGAGGAUCCAUGAGGUUCGGUACAUGGAUGAUACUAUCGGUCAUGAACUCAUUCAAGAUGAGUCAGGCGUUGAAGAAGAUGGGGAUGUAGAAGAAGGUGAUGAGAAUGAUGAAAUGACUAUUGAACUAGUUCUAGAUGAGAAAAAAAGGAAAGGAUCAAAAACUGACAAAGAGGUUCUUAGUGAGCUGAAUAGUGAGAAAAAAUUGAAGAAGGCAGCCAAGAACAAGGACAAAAGUAAGAAAGAUGGCUUGUCUUCUAAGAGAAAGAAGGAAAAUGAUUUACCUACGAAGGAUGAAGUUUCUGGCAAGAAGAAGAAGAAGGAAAGCGGAGAAGUGAAAGUAAAAGCUAAAAGAGUUAAGAAGCCUGCUUCUGCUGAGUAGAGAAGUGUCCUUGGUUCUAGAUUCUCCUCCUUGAUGGACAUCGGUGUAAUGUUGAAUCUUGGAUGUUGGAUCUCGCUUCUCUUUAUGUAGGUUUGUGACAUUUAAGGCAGUCAAGCACUCUAACAGUUUACCUUUAUAAAGCGCCUCCCUAGGGAAAGAUCAUAUGUCGCUAAGCCAAUGGUUAAUCUUGCAGAAUGACACUACUCUCUAUUUUAGUAUUUCCCAGUUGUCACUGAACAAAAUCUUAUAGAAUGACAGGAUUGGAAAGGGUUUCUGAUUUUAAAUAGAUUAUUGGAUUUAUUGUACACUUGUCAUCUCUCUGACAUUUUGUCGCUCUGUUCCAGUUUGCCAUAUGCUGGUCGGAAAAACAGAGGUAUAUUAUAUCAUACAUAUCUUAGUUAUUCUAUACAACCUGUUUGAAAUAUGUUUACAAUAAUCUCAAAGAUCAACAUACAUAUAAUUUAUAGCAACUUAGCAAGUCAUGUUUUUCACAUGUUAUACUAUGUUUGAUGUCUAGAAAAAUCCGUCUAUUUAUGUUGGAAUCUCUACUGGAGUCACCUGGAGAAGAGUUGUUGCGUUUGACAUUGGGGCUUGUACU